AUGUCAGCUGUCAAUGAUACCAACUUCCAAUUUGCAGUGUUCCUUCUCACUGGGAUACCUGGGCACGAAGAUGUCCAUCUCUGGAUCGCUAUCCCCUUCUGCAUCAUGUAUGUCAUUUCGCUGGUAGGCAAUUCCUUCCUUCUGUUCAUUAUAAAAACAGACCCAAGCCUCCAUGAGCCCAUGUACAUUUUCCUUUCCAUGUUGGCCCUCACAGACCUUGGUUUAUCAAUAUCCACCAUGCCAACGAUACUGGGCAUAUUCUUGUUUAACUUUAGGGAGAUCAGCCUGGAUGCCUGUUUUGCUCAGCUGUUCUUCAUCCACUUUCUUCAAGGUAUUGAAUCCUCCACGCUCCUGUUGAUGGCCUUUGACCGCUUUGUUGCCAUCUGUAACCCGCUGAGAUAUGCUUCCAUCUUAACCCUGCCAAGAGUAGCCAAGAUGGGGCUGGUGUUUGUGGUAAGAGAGGUGGCUGUAGUAUAUCCACUGCCCUUUCUGCUGAGACGGUUCCAAUAUUGUCGCUCCAAUGUCCUCUCCCAUUCCUACUGCCUGCACCAGGAAGUUAUGAGGCUGGCUUGUGCGGACAUCACAGUCAACAAUAUCUUUGGUCUGUUUACUGCACUCUUAACAAUUGGUUUCGAUUCGCUUCUGAUCUUCCUCUCCUAUGUGAUGAUCCUCAAAACAGUGCUGAGCAUCGCGUCCCGCACGGAGAGCCUCAAGGCCCUGAACACCUGCGUCUCCCACCUCUGUGCCGUCCUGCUCUUCUUCUUACCUGUCAUCGGCCUGGCUGUGAUCCACAGAUUUGGGAACAGCUCUUCUCACUUACUUCAGUUUCUCCUGGGCUACUUCAAUCGUGUACAGUGUGAAAAACAAACACCUUCGUGCGAGGAUCAUCAGGGUGUUCAUCAAGUGAAGGGUCAUUUCAUCACCCAGCUCCAGUGCUGGUGA